UUCUGUCGUUAUUUCUUUUAUUUUAUGAAUCAACUGAUGAAUAUUUGUUUACAAGUACUAUGAAUAAUGAAAUGCUUAAUUCACUGGCUUUACAAUCAAACCAAAACAUCGAUUUAAAAAAUGGUCUGCACCAGCUGUCAGGAAUUCAUUGGCCAAGAGCUACAGUGUUAUACUUAAAUAAAAAAGAAAAGAAACCUCCUGUCAUUUUGCCAAUGGGUCAUUGGCCAUGCCCAGAAUAUCAUCUCAAUUGCACUUGUACUUGAUUCCGGUUUCUGGAGGCUUUGGAUAAGUUUCAACUUGUCAGAUUCAAUCAUAAAGCUUGUCCACCCUCUUCGUUCAACAAGAACAGAAGGCAACCCAAUGGCCAUAGCUACAACCACCAGCUCACCCUGUUUUGACCAAAGCAUAACACCAUAAAUCAAAACUCCACCUUAUAAAUUUGUUGAUUGGGAGGGGGUAAACAUAGUAGUUUUCAAUCUCACUGUUUCUAAAUCAAUUGUGCUUACCUCAAAAGUUCAAGUUUAUUCUCACAUUCUUCUCUGUCGCUGAAUUUACAAACAACAAACACAGUGAUAUUUUCUAACGGGCUACUACUUCCCUGUCCAUGUACUAACAUUGCCCCACUUGGCUAAUAAAAGUUACUGUACUAUUUAAUACCCGGUUUAUCUAAUAUUGCUCGUUUUAUAAAAAGUGUGAUAGAUUUUGGGAAAGCUUUCCAUGGAUAGUGGAAGCCUUGCUGGUAUUAGCAACAAGAAGAGUUUAAUGGCAGCGGCAAUCAAUGCAGUACUUGUGGCUUCAUUGCUUGGUUCAUCUUAUGGUUGUCCUUUUCCAGCAAUUUACAACUUGGGCGAUUCCAAUUCCGACACAGGAAGUGUCUCGGCAAUAUUUGGUCUUCCUCCUCCCCCUUAUGGCGAGUCCUUUUUUGGUAGACCUUUUGGUCGGUAUUCUGAUGGGCGUCUAAUAAUCGAUUUUAUAGCUGAUGAGUUGAAAUUGCCAUUCUUGAGUGCAUACCUUGAUGCAAUAGAUUCAAAUUUCAGACAUGGAGCGAAUUUUGCACAAAGUGGAUCAACGAUUCAACCAGCUGGUGGCAAAUUAGUCGAUGCAGGUUUUAACCCGUUAUCUAUUGAUGUACAGCUCUUGCAGUUUGAAAGACUUAAAAACCACAGCAACGAGAUUAUGAAGAAGAAUCCAGAUUUUACGGACAGGCUCCCCAGGCCAGAGGAGUUCUCAAGGGCCAUUUAUAUGUUAGAUUGUGGACAGAAUGAUCUGCAUUAUGGUCUUAUAACCUCUACAGAAGAGCAGGUGAAGGCAUCCAUUCCCAAUAUAAUCAGUCAGUUUGCUGUGACAAUAGAGAAGCUCUAUCUAGAAGUAGCUAGAAUAUUUUGGAUACAUAAUACCGGUCCCAUUGGCUGCUUGCCUGUUUUUGUUCUAAGUGCGCCUCCAAAGCCUGGGAAUGCUGACCAAACUGGCUGCAUUAAGUCUUAUAAUGAGGUGGCUCAAGAAUUCAACAAGCAGCUUAGAGACAGGAUUUCUCAACUUAGGUCCCAGCUCCUUGGUGCAAGGCUUGUAUAUGUUGACAUCUACUCAGCUAAAUAUUCUCUAAUUAGUGAUGCAAAAAAAUACGGUUUUGUUGGUCCUUUUAUAAACUGUUGCGGGCACUUCGGUGAUUAUCAUGUCGAAUGUGGGGAGACAGCAGUGGUGAACGAGACUGAAAUUUUUGGGGCUUCUUGCAGUGAUCCUUCCAAACACAUUAGUUGGGAUGGUGUUCAUUAUACUGAAGCUGCAAACUAUUGGGUAGCCAACAGGAUUUUGGAUGGCUCUUUCUCAGAUCCCCCGGUUCCCCUAGCCAAAGCAUGUCGCUAGCCCCUGUUAAAUGGAAAGAUUUGAUUCAGAGAGGACAUUGCAGCCUAAAGAAUGUCCUCCAUGUGACCUGCCAGAGCAGGAACAUAGCAACGGCGAAAGGAAAUUAAAAAAAGAAAAAAAAAGCCCGUGCCUAAUAUGAUAGGAAAGGCUAAAUUGGUGGUGGGCUACAGCUACUCAGCUCCAUUUCAAUGACAUUGUAGUGGUCGACCCUUGGGGUAAAGUUGACACGUGAUCGUACCAAACAAAGAAAGCUAUGAUAUUCAAGUUAUGUCAACAUCAUCUGCUGUAAAGAAAAGCAGUAAGUUGAUUUUAAAAUAGGUAGGGUAAAAUCAUAGCAGUCAAUUUAACA